AUGCCUGUUAUAAAUGGCACCAUGAUCAUGCCCUCUGUGCUGACCUUUAUUGGGAUCCCUGGACUGGAAACUAUACAAUGUUGGAUUGGGAUUCCAUUCUGUGCUAUGUACAUCAUUGCUUUGGUAGGAAAUUCUCUACUUUUGAUCAUCAUCAAAUCGGAACCCAGUCUCCAUAAGCCUAUGUAUAUCUUCCUGGCUAUGUUGGGAGCCACAGACAUUGGAAUUAGCACCAGCAUUGUUCCCAAAAUGCUUGGAAUUUUUUGGUUCCACUUGCCAGAGAUCUAUUUUGAUGCUUGCCUUUUCCAGAUGUGGCUCAUCCACACAUUUCAGGGUAUUGAAUCAGGAGUGCUGCUGGCCAUGGCUCUGGACCGCUAUAUAGCAAUCUGUUUUCCUCUGAGGCAUGCUACUAUAUUCACUCAACAACUAGUCACUCAUAUUGGCAUUGGGGUGACAUUGAGGCCUGCCAUCCUGGUAAUCCCAUGUCAACUGCUCAUAAAGUGCCGUCUAAAAUUUUACAGAACAAAGUUAAUAUCCCACACUUACUGUGAACACAUGGCUCUUGUGAAGCUUGCCACUGAAGAUGUCUACAUCAAUAAACUCUAUGGUCUCCUUGGAGCUUUUACUGUUGGUGGCCUUGACUUCAUUUUGAUCACCCUGUCCUAUAUACAAAUUUUCAUCACUGUGUUCCACCUGCCCCAGAAAGAGGCACGUCUUAAGGCAUUUAACACAUGUAUCCCCCACAUGUGCAUCUUCUUCCAGUUCUAUCUCCUUGCUUUUUUCUCCUUUUUUACUCACAGAUUUGGAUCUUAUAUCCCAUCAUAUAUACAUAUCAUCUUGUCCAACCUUUACCUACUGGUUCCUCCUUUACUCAACCCCUUUGUCUAUGGGGUGAAGACCAAAUACAUCCGAGAUAAGGUAGUAAAAAUGUGCUGUUCCAAAAUCCAGGUUUGA